AUCUCUCCUUUCCUUGGUGAGGCUCCCGGGUUGGCAGGACUCUGAGCAUGCGCAGAAACUCAGCAAAGUCGGGGGCCAGUGGGCACCUCCUUUCCCUGACAACGGGAAGCGUUGUGAGCGUCAGGGCGCGUGCGUAAACGUGGCCCGGGCGCCGGGGUGGUGGGUUACGCCUGGAGAGCGCAUGGGCAAAGUGUACGUCCGUUUGUCCGGGGCGGAGGGGAGAGUGGGCGCCAUCUUCUAGGCUCUCUGAGGGCUCUCAUCCUGUUCUGGGGAGGCUGCUGCGACGAGGAGAGCCACCUGCCCCUGGCCUUGUGUGCCCAACUCGGCAGCAGUGGUCAUUAUUGCUGUGGUUUGAGCUCAGCAUGGCUGUAGUCAUCCGUUUACUGGGGCUUCCUUUUGUUGCGGGGCCUGUGGAUAUUCGUCACUUCUUCACGGGAUUGACUAUUCCUGAUGGAGGAGUGCAUAUAAUUGGAGGGGAAGUUGGGGAGGCAUUUAUUAUUUUUGCAACAGAUGAAGAUGCAAGACGUGCCAUAAGUCGUUCAGGAGGGUUUAUCAAGGAUUCAUCUGUAGAGCUCUUUCUUAGCAGUAAGGCAGAAAUGCAGAAGACUAUUGAAAUGAAAAGAACUGACCGCAUAGGAAGAGAGCGACCAGGAUUUGGGGCAUCAGGGGUUGGAUGCUUAUCUAAUUUUGUUGAGGGUUUUAAAGAAGAAGCAAGUAAUUCUGGAUAUGGCUCUCCGAUUAAUCAAGAUGCUGGGUUUCAUACUAAUGGUACAGGACAUGGUGAGUUAAGGCCAAGAAAGACACGGCCAUUGAAGGCAGAGAAUCCUUAUUUGUUUCUACGAGGUUUGCCUUACUUAGUAAAUGAAGAUGAUGUACGUGUCUUUUUCUCUGGUUUGUGUGUGGAUGGAGUAAUUUUUUUAAAACAUCAUGAUGGCCGAAAUAAUGGUGAUGCCAUAGUAAAAUUUGCUUCAUGUAUUGAUGCUUCAGGAGGUCUUAAGUGUCACAGAAGUUUUAUGGGUUCAAGAUUCAUAGAAGUAAUGCAAGGCUCAGAACAGCAGUGGAUUGAGUUUGGUGGUAGUACAGUUGAGGGUGACAUUCCUAUGAGAAUCGAAGAACAUUCUCCACCAAGAGGAACAAAUGAUAGACAUUUUCAAAAACAAUCUCAUUCAAAAUCUCCCAGAAGAACACGUUCUCGUUCCCCUCUCGGAUUUUAUGUUCACCUAAAAAAUCUGUCCCUAAGUAUUAACAAAAGAGAUUUAAAAAAUUUCUUUAGAGAUACUGAUUUGGCUAAUGAACAGAUUAGGUUUUUACAUAAAGAUGAAAGAAGAACAAGAUAUGCCUUUGUGAUGUUCAAGACUCUGAAAGACUAUAACACUGCUCUGGGUUUACAUAAGACUGUUUUACAAUAUCGUCCAGUUCUUGUUGAUCCAAUUUCUAGAAAACAAAUGCUGAAGUUCAUUGAAUGUUAUGAAAAGAAAAGACCAGCGUCAAUAGAAAAAGAGAGGCUUGGACAUAGUUCACAAAAAUAUUCUCAAGAAGGCUACUCUGGCCAGAAACUGUGCAUAUACAUAAGAAAUUUUCCAUUUGAUGUUACGAAAGUUGAAGUACAAAAGUUCUUUGCAGGCUUUUCUCUUGCUGAGGAUGAUAUUUACUUGCUUUAUGAUGACAAAGGAGUCGGUUUGGGAGAAGCAUUGGUGAAAUUCAAAUCUGAAGAACAGGCCAUGAAAGCUGAACGUUUAAACCGUCGAAGAUUCUUGGGGACAGAAGUAUUGUUAAGACUUAUAUCUGAGGCACAAAUGCAGGAGUUUGAUGUAAAUUUUUCCUUGCUGUCCAGUAAGAGAAUGCAAGAACAUUCACAGUCAUGUGCUAGGGAUGAGGGGUCCUAUUCAUUUGACUCAAAUGAUGCACCAGUAUACGCAGUGAGCCUUUCUGAAAACUUUGGGCAUCAGCAAGAGGACUUGAGGCAACUGGAUAAUUUCAAGCAUCCCCAGGGGGAUUUCCAACAGUAUGAUAGGCAUUAUCAUACUGAAGACUUUAGACAUUCCCCAGAGGACUUCAGGUGCUGCCCAGAAGACUUCACGUGCCCUCGGCCUUCUGAGGAAGACUUCAGAUGCCCUUGGGAGGAAGGCUUCAGGCACUCUAGGGAGGAGGACUGGAGGCUGCCACCUGAGGAGGAUUUCAGGCGGCCUCCCAAGGACUUUAGGCGAUCCCUUGAGGAGGACUGGAGGUGGCCCCCCGAGGAGGACUGGAGACGCCCCCCUGAGGAUGACUUCAGACGGCUUCCCCAGGGGGAAUGGAGGCGACCACCUAAGGAGGACUUCAGGCGGCCGUCUGAGGAAGAUUUUAGGCGACUUCCAGAGGAAGACUUCAGGCAACCUCCUGAAGAAGACUUCAGGCGGCCUCCUGAGGAGGACUUCAGGCAUUCUCCUGAGGAGGGUUUCAGAUGUUCUCCCGAGGAGGACUACAGGCGACCGGCCCUGGAGCGCUUCCGGAAGCCACCCCAGGAGCACUUCCGGCAGCCACCCCAGGAGCACUUCCGGCAGCCACCCCAGGAGCACUUCCGGCGGCUGCCCCAGGAGCAUUUCCGUCGGCCACCUCAGGAGCAUUUCAGACGGCCUCCCCAGGAGCAUUUUAGGCGCCCACCUGAUGAAGAUUUCAGGGGCCCUCCUGAUGAGGACUUCAGGAGCCCCCAGGAAGAUUUUAGAUGCCCUUCUGAUGAGGACUUCAGGCGGCUUCGAGAGGAAAACCUCAGGGAAGCUCUGGAGGAGGAUACUAGACUUCCUGAUGAUUUUAGACCUCCUGGUGAGGAGUUUAGGAACCCACCUGAUGAUUUUAGAACUCGUCCUUUUGUGAAUUUUAGUCGCCCAGAAGGUGGCAAAUUUGAUUUUGGAAAGUGUAAUAUGGGAAGUUUCCCUGAGGGGAGAUUUAUGCCUGAUGCAAAAUUAAAUUGUAGUUCAGGUAGAGUAACACCUAUUAAAGUAAUGAAUCUUCCAUUUAAAGCUAACAUUAAUGAAAUUCUAGACUUUUUCCAUGGUUAUAGAAUCAUACCUGAUUCAGUUUCGAUACAGUAUAAUGAGCAAGGAUUACCUACAGGGGAAGCCAUUGUUGCUAUGAUAAACUAUAACGAAGCUAUGGCUGCUAUUAAAGAUCUAAAUGAUAGGCCAGUUGGCCCACGCAAAGUUAAGUUAAUUUUGCUCUAGAGAGUACUUCUAAAUUCAGAGUUACCUCCCCACAGUAUCGAUGCACUAAAAUGCAUUUGUUUAAAAGUGUUUAUUUUUAAUUACCUAAUGAAGAGAAACAUUUUAGAUUUGACCUGUGAAUAGAACAAAUGUAAAGAGUAGAAUGUGAAUCUAGUUUUCUUUUGCUUGCAAAUUGCCGUUUACUUUUUCUAAUUUAAAAUUAUAUAUGCUUUUUUUUGACAUUGGGGGAGAGGGCUAAUUCCCUGAGUGCAUUAUUUUUUGUUGAUGUCUUGGUUAAACCUCAAGAACUGUAUAAAGUAGAGCUGUAUUGGGGUAAGAUAACUUUUAUAUUCACUUUUGUUUGUAUUCUGUAGUCAUUCUACAGCUUUUACUCAAACUGUAUAAGGAAAUGAUCAGUAACUGAUCAGGUUUAGCAUUUUCAUUGCUAACUGCCUGCAGAAUUAAUGCCCUCUUCCUUGUCUGAGAUAUUGUAUUAAGCCUCCCAUUAAUUAUAAGUAGUUUAAAAUGAACUGACUGUGAACUUAAAACUUACUUAUGUAAAAAGCUUAGGAUAUUCUUAGUUUCCAUGUUCAUAACUUGCAAAGUUUUAUAAAAAUAAAAAAAUUGCAACUGAAUAGACCAAC